AUGACUCGUGUCCAAGAGCAGACAUUUGGCCUCAUAUCAAUGAGAGUGACAGCAGACGCUUUCAAAGAGCUGAAGAAGAACCCUCAGUUAAGGAUCAUAGUUGAAGGACAAUUUGAGCUCUCAGUUGAAACAGCAAAGCAAAACCUUAAACGGGAGAUCAAGAGCGACCUUCCUGUUUAUGCAUUUGUAUUAGAAGGUAUGAAUGCCGUCUACGAGUGGCUGAAUAUUGUGAAUGCAUUGAAUGCAGCGACGAAUACCAAAAGAUUGAUUCAUGGAAGUUCUGACAUUACGUUCGCACAACUGGAAAUAAGCUGGUUCAAUAAUAUGAUCCUAGCUGACUUAUCUAUUACUCAAAAUGUAUCUUCGAUCAGAAGAUCCUCCACGACAACUAAGAGCUUAAGAAAACUUUCUAUUUCUCUAUCCUCAUCGUCUUCAGCCUCUUCAGCAACUGCACCGACGAUAGCCACCUCUCAAAAGCAACAAACAAAAAAGGUGCUACCGUCGACAGUGAAUUUGAAAUCAAUAAACAAAGAAUCGUCUACCACAACGAUUACUACUAACACCAGCACAAGUGUUACCGCUAAAAAAGCAUCAAUAGCACCAGUACAAAAAAGAAAGAGUCAUGAAUCAAAUAAGAAAUCAACAACAAGUCAAAAUACAGUGCUGCAAACAGCUAGUAAAGGAAAGUCAAAGGCCCCUAGCGCACCAACUACUACCGUAACGAAGAACAAGGUUUAUGGCAGCCGUAAUAAUACAUCAUUGACAGCUAACAAAGGAGGAAUCACAAAGAAGGUGCCCACCUCAAUUCUUAACAGUCGCCCCCGUAAUUCAAACAAAAUGGCUAUGGAAAAGAAAUCUGGUAGCACCAAAAAAGAAGUAUCGCAAGGCGAUGACAAGGAGGAAAUCCUACAGCCACAAAACAAUGAAGUAAAGGAGCAACAAAGAGCAAAGGAACAACCAAUGACCGUAUCAAAAAUGGAAAAAGAGUUGAACACUCAAUUACCCACUAUGUCGACUGACCGAAAACAACAACCUGUAUCCUAUAAUUCUACUUGCUCAACAAGUUUAGCAGCGUUCACGGAUGAUGUGGAUGCUGACAUCAAGGACACCACCAGUCGAUUGUCACUACUGGUAGAUUUACCACCACUGCUGUCUUCUUCAACAGCAACCACAACACCCACUAGUGCAAGGUCCUGUUUCUCUCCUAUUUUAAUCGCUUCUCUUCCGCAUAAUUCACAAAACGAUUGUGCAGCUGAAGUAGAGAAACUGCGAAUUCGAUUCGAAACAAUUAUCCAGCUCAAUUCUUUACAGACAGCCAAUCUGACUCCUCGUGCUGCCUUGUUAGAUCCUGGUAAUAAUGCAUGUGGAAUUGCUAAUGACCACUAUCAAAAACAGAGGAAGAGAAGAUCAUCAAAUUUCUCAUCGGAAUUUGCGUCUCGUAUCAAGGAUAUGAAGCCUAGAGGCCCUGUGGGUUCGCGAGUGAAGAGUAUGGUUGAAUUUUUUAUGGACGAGAGUUUGAAUAAUUGA